AUGACGACGAGCAGCUUUGCGUCACGCAAGGAUUACCUCGAUUCCAUCGAGAAGGGCCUUCGUGAAGGUCUCACUGCCAUGGACAUUGAUGACAAGGCUUCGGCGGUGCCUCGUCGUUACAAGGCGUUUUUCGAGGACUCGUCCCAUCGUCGCGUCGUCCUGUGGAAAGCCCCCAUGAAGGAGUGCUGUUUGCUGGAGGCGACCUCGGAUUCGAUCCGUUGCUCGUUUCGUCUCAAGAAACAAGACGAACUAGAGACCAUUAUUGUCCGCGAGUUUUUGACGACGCAGCAGCAGCUAUGGAAGGACUAUCGAAUGCUUCAAAAGAUCCCGUUGGAGGGCCACGACGUGAGUUUCUUCAUUACCAACCGUCAAGUGCGAGAUUAUGGGUUGGAGGAAGUUGUGGCCAGUAUCGUGGCCUUUGUGACGUCUGUGGAAAAGGAAAAGAGUGACAUGAAGAUUGGCGUGAAUGCUCGAGCUCGACAAGCGGCACGAGGCAUCUUUGGAAACUAA